GUUAAUUCUUAAUUGUCUAUUAAAAAAUGCAGCAUCUUGCACUCGUGACUUAGCUCUUUUAAUUUGUACUUUUGAGUGAGUGGGAAAGAUCCCAUUAUUUCCACAUGGCACUAUAUAGUCACUAACACUUGAACAAAAGUGAACCAAAAAGCAAAAAUGGCGAAAAUGGCCACUAUCUCUUCCAAAUACAAAUCCUUUCCGACAUUGUUCCUAAUCAUCAUCAUCAUCCUAUUUCAAACCUGCCUCCACAAUUGUCAAGCCGGCCUUGUUGAUGAUAUAGGUGUAGCUAUCUGCGCCAACAUCAGCGUCGCCGGAGUCGGGGUCAGCGUCGGCAAUAACUGUUCACCGGAAGCUGAAGUUCCGGCGCCUCUUGCUCCUCCUCCUGCUCCGGCCCCCACCCCUUAUCCGCCACUACAAUUUGAGAGCGAACGUAUCAAACUGGUUUACCAGGCCAUCCAGGACCUGAAGGCGAAAAUCAAGUACGACCCACAAAAUAUCACGGUCACCUGGGUUGGAUCCGAUAUCUGCAACAAAUACAAAGGAUUCCGCUGCGCUGUUGUCCCUGGUUUCGGAGUCAACGGCUUGUCCGAUGUACAAUUCAACGGGUUCAAUUUCGGGGGCCCGGAAUUAACCCUGGACGGAUUCAUCGAAAAGCUGCCGGACCUCAGCAUUUUCCACGCAAAUUCCAACGGCUUCACCGGCCUGAUCCCGAGGCAAAUCACUGACAUCCCGUAUUUGUUCGAGCUGGACUUGAGCAACAACAAAUUGACGGGUCAAUUUCCAUAUCAAGUUCUUGGUGCCACCAAUUUGACCUUCUUGGAUAUAAGGUUCAACUCCUUCUCCGGAGCUGUACCUCCUCAGGUAUUCACACUCGACGUGGACGUCCUCUUCAUCAACAACAACAAUUUCCAGCAACAAAUUCCGGCGAAUCUGUUUUCCAUCCCGGCUAUUUACGUAACUCUGGCCAACAACAAAUUCACCGGUUCCAUCCCGGGAAACAUCGGGAAAGCUUCCAAAACGUUGUCCGAAGUUCUGUUCCUAAACAACCAGCUCACCGGGUGUCUGCCACCCGAAAUCGGGCUGUUAAACAAGGCAACUGUCUUUGACGUCAGCCAAAACCAGUUGACCGGCCCGAUACCCUGUUCUUUCGGGUGCUUGACCAACAUGGAAAUCCUGAACCUGGCUAACAACCAGUUCUACGGGAUUGUUCCCGAUGAGGUUUGUAAUUUGCCGAAUCUGAAGAAAUUAACAUUGUCGUAUAACUAUUUCACUGGGAUCGGGUUGGCUUGCGAGAAGCUGAUCAAGAACGGAGUGUUGGAUGUUAGUCAGAAUUGUAUUGCGGGAUUUCCGAAUCAGAGACCAGUAAAAGACUGUCUUGCUUUCGGGUAUAAGCCCAAAUGGUGCCCCAAUCAUCAGCUGAAGGACCCGCUGAAUUGGAUCCCAUGCCGGCAAGGUGGUCCUCGUCGGAUGACCCGGUCCAUCUCCACCGGAGCCGCCUUCCCUGUUUCUUACAAUGCUCUGCAACCUCAGAGGCUGUGAUUGUUUGAAAAGUCAAUCAUGUUUUUCUGGUUUGCCAUUUUUAUUUGUAUUGUUUUUCCUUUCUCUUUUCUUUCUAUUUUAUCCAAGGGGGCCUACAUUUUGGUUUUAUUAUGUGGAUUUGUAAUCAAACAAACAAAAAAAAUUAAUUGGAUCAAUGAAUUUUCCGUCACUGUUAGUUACAUUGAGCUCCAAUGUUAGUAGCUAGAAAUCAUCAAUUGUCCACAAUGUGGGAAAAAUAUAUCCAUACUCUUGAUUGACUCCAUUGGAUGGAGUUCAUAUUUAAUCGCC